AUGUUUAGAAUGGGGGAGUAUAUACCUCGUUUCGAACAACGUGAAGGUGAUCAGCGAAGUUAUGGACCUCAACGUCUUCCAACCUUGGGAGCUGUGCAGGUCCGCAAUGAAAAAGGACAAUUGGUUAUGCAAAAAGUAAAAGUACAACGAUAUAUCGCUGGAAAAAUGCCUAAUUAUGCCAAAGAGGACGGUUCAGAGUCAGAUGAGGAUGCAAAAGACGACAGAAGACGUCGUGAGAGCAGAUUUGAUCGUGAGGAACGUCCAAAGGAUCGUCAUCGACGAGACAAGGAGGACGAUCGUGACCAUAAACGUCGUGAUCGUCAUCACGAGGAAACAAGUGGGCGUGUGAUCGAAGAACCCGAGAUUUUGAAGAAAGAAGAUGUAGAAGAUGACGCCGAAGCUAUUGAACAACGCCGACAACGAGCGCGUUUGAGAAGACUGGAUCUUGAACAACAACAGCAGGAGGAAGAUGACGACGCUGGGAGUGACGAAGAGGAAUUCGAACGACGUCGAAUGAUCAUUCGAGAACGUGCAAAACAAAGAGAAUUGGAAGAAAUUAGGGCAAAAGAAGAAAUUAAAGAAGAAGAGAUUGAAGAAGAUGAGGAAGAAGAGGAAAGUGAAGAAGAAUCAAGCGAAGAGGAGGAAGACGAUACACUACCAAGAUUAAAACCAGUGUUUGUCCGAAAGAAAGACCGUGUUACUCUUAUUGAGGCGGAAAAAGAAAAACAAUUGCAAGAACAAUUGAAGAAGGAGGAGGAGCGGAAGAAGGAAGAGCGAAAGAAAGAUAGCAUACGACUUGUCCAACAAGUAUUACGUGAAGAAGAUGAAAUGGAGAAGCGAAAAAAGGAAGAAAACAUCGAACUUAGUUCAGUGCCUACUGAUGACGAAAGUGAAAAUGUAGCUUACGAGUCUUGGAAAUUGCGUGAGAUGAAGCGUCUAAAGAGGAAUAGAGAAGAACGUGAACAUGCAGCAAAGGAAAAAGCCGAAUAUGAGCGUGUACACAAUAUGACAGAAGAGGAGCGAGUGAAAUACUUACGCGCAAAUCCGAGAAUUAUCACCAACCAAGCCAUCAAGGGUAAAUACAAAUUCUUGCAAAAGUAUUACCAUCGCGGUGCAUACUAUCUUGAUGAAGAAGAUGAGGUUUAUAAGAGAAACUUCGCUGAGGCGACGGCGGACGACGUGUUCGAUAAGACUGUACUUCCCAAAGUAAUGCAGGUGAAAAACUUUGGAAAAGCAUCUCGAACGAAGUAUACUCAUCUUACAAAUGAAGAUACUACCGAUCAUCAAGGGGUAUGGGCUAGUGCAAAUAACCUUAAUGUUCAGUUCUUCAAUAAGAAAGCUGGUAAGAGUUGCUUUUGCCAAUUUCGGAGAUCUCGCAAGCCUAUCAAAAUGGAGGCUGAGAAUUCAAGUACAGCUACCGAUGCCAAAGCCCAUGAAGCUCGAUCGGACGCAACUGGAGUAGCCGAAGGUGGUAUCUCAAAACCAACUGCUCAAGUUGCACCCACUCCUAUUCAGCAGGCGCCUCCAGCUCAGCCUGGUUUGCCAAACUAUUCUCUUUUAAUGACGUUGAAUGGUCAUCAGAAAUCUGUUGCCUCAUUGAAGUUCUCGCCUUGCGGUGUUUAUUUGGCCUCAGCUUCGGCAGAUACGACUAUCCGUGUGUGGUUUGUAAAGGACGGUAAACCUAUGCAAACCUUGAAUGGACACAAGAUUGGCAUCAACGACGUUGCGUGGAGCCCGAACUCACUUUUUCUUGCCUCUGCGUCAGACGACAAAACGGUGCGAAUUUGGGAAGUGGAAACGGGGAAGUGCAUCAAAACACUUAAAGGUCACACUAAUUACGUAUUUUGUUGCGCAUACAAUCCUCAAUGUACGAUGGUCGCCUCGGGGUCGUUCGACGAAACCGUGCGGAUUUGGGACCUCCGCACAGGGCUCUGUACAAAAGUCCUGCCUGCUCAUGCCGAUCCUGUUUCAGCGGUGUCGUUUAAUCGUGAUGGAACCCUACUGUGUUCGAGCUCGUAUGACGGACUUGUGAGGAUUUGGGAAACCGCAAAUGGUCAGUGUGUGAAGACACUGGUGGACGAUGACAAUCCUCCAGUGGCGUUCGUUAAAUUUUCACCGAAUGGCAAGUACAUCCUGGCUUCAACGCUUGACAGCACACUUAAGCUAUGGGAUUUCAUUAAGGGGAAGUGUUUAAAGACUUACACCGGACAUGUUAAUCAAAAAUAUUGCAUAUUUUCGAAUUUCUCUGUAACGGGAGGAAAAUGGAUAGUAUCUGGAUCAGAGGACAAGAAAAUCUACGUCUGGAACCUACAGACGAAGGAAAUUGUUCAGACGAUCGACUGUCAGCAAGACGUCGUUCUGGCCACCGACUGUCAUCCGAAUCAAAACAUAAUAGCCUCGUCUGGACUUGAAUCAGAUUUUUCAAUUCACUUAUGGAAGAGUGACUUUUAG